UCACUUGACACCGUUUCAUGCUGUGAGCAUUUGAAACGAACACUGAAUAAUUGCGUUUACAACUUUGUUGAAGAAACUAUAAUUACACGCAUAGGCGCAAAGUAGAGUGCUCGUUAAGCCUGAGCCGCGGGUCAUUGAAAAGUAAUUUAUUUUCGUCGAGUAUCGUUUGGUGCUUGGCCAAUACUGUAUCCAAGUUGGUCUCCAAACUGCACUGAAAAUGACUUUUUGUUGUUCGCGACUUGUGCGAUUGGUCUCGUCAAAAUCCAGAAAUGAGAAAUAUUUGAUUUGUAAUGAUCUUGCAGCCAACAAUUAUGCGACCGAGGCAACUUUUGAGACGAAGCCGUACAAGCUGCAUAAACUGGGAGAAGGUCCUUCCACAAAGGUGACAGUGACUCAAGAGGAUGCACUGAGGAUGCUGAGACAGCUAUUACUCAUUCGCCGACUGGAAACAUCAGCUGGCAACCUGUACAAAGAGAAAGUGGUGCGAGGAUUUUGUCAUCUCUCUUCAGGCCAAGAAGCCAUAGCAGUAGGCAUACGCUCGAUGAUGCGGCCACAGGACUCAGUGAUAUCCGGGUACCGAUCCCACGGCUGGGCAUUCCUGAUGGGUGUGUCCCCAGCAGGCGUUCUGUCCGAACUGACCGGGCGUAAAUCGGGCUGCUCCCGUGGCAAGGGAGGUUCCAUGCACAUGUACGCCAACAACUUCUAUGGCGGGAAUGGUAUUGUGGGUGCUCAGGUCCCUCUGGGUACAGGCAUAGCAUUCGCCUCGAAGUACCUCGGGAAGGAGGGCGUUUGCUUCUCGCUAUAUGGCGACGGGGCCUCCAACCAAGGCCAGGUCUACGAGGCGUACAACAUGGCCAAACUGUGGAACAUCCCCUGCAUCUAUGUGUGCGAGAACAAUGGCUACGGUAUGGGCACCAGUGCAGAGAGAUCGUCUGCCAGCACAAACUAUUACACGAGGGGAGACUAUGUUCCUGGUAUUUGGGUUGACGGCAUGGACGUGCUAGCAGUACGGGAAGCGACGCGAUUUGCAAUCGACUACAGCCUGCGUCAAGGUCCGCUGGUACUGGAGAUGUUCACCUAUCGCUAUAGUGGUCACAGCAUGUCGGACCCUGGCACCAGCUACAGGACAAGGGAUGAGGUCCAGGUGGUGCGACAAACCCGCGAUCCCAUCACCAUGUUCAAGGAGAAGGUCAUCAGCACCAAACUAGCCACCGAGCAGGAGGUCAAGGAUCUUGAGAAUGAAACCAAGAAGAUAAUUGAUGAAGCAACUAAAAAGGCAAGAGCUGACAGCGAGAUUCCAGUUGAAGAGCUUGCUGGUGAUGUUUAUUCAGAACCAUUGGAACAAGAUAUCAGAAAUGUUCUACCCUGGAAUCCCCUAAAGCACAAGACAGUGAUAAAACUAUGAAAUCAAAUUCGUCUGUUCCAGUACAAGAGUUACAAUUCUGAAACAAUUUUAGUGAUUGUGAUACAAAAGACUUGAAAACCUUUAAUCACUUUCCAAUCAACUAUAGACAAAAACUUGUUCAAUAUCUAUUUAAAAUAUUGUAUCCUUAUUAUGGAUAGUCUAUUUUGUAUUACCACAUAGUAUUGGAGAAGUAGGCUACAGUUUGGUACUGCACCUCUACAUGAAAAGGUUAUUAAAGUUAUCUUUCAGGAAUAUGCCAAAAUAA